AUGCCUUCACAGAAACCAAGGGGGCUUCAACCAGUUUACGAAGCCAACGCCGGUACUAAAUACCUAUCAGCCGGAGCAUUACAUCGGCACUCCGAUAACGAAGAAGCUUGUCAACAAAGCGUAGCAACAUGUGGCUCAACAGGGUCAACCCGUCACGCCUCCCCUGCUACUACAUCGACAGAUGACGAUCUGUUGGGCUUGCCAUUUGCUGAGUGUCUCGAUGCAGAAGAUCUCCAACAUCUCCAAGCAUUCUUAGAAGAACUGCGCGGACCGAAACACCUGCAGAAGCGAGACUUGUCUCCUCAACUAGACACCGACAUAUUUGGAAACGCUUCCACUCAUCAGUAUUCCCCAGAAGAUGCAAUAUACAACACAGCACACCACGAACACACCAAUACCAACCCACCUCAAAUCUCAAACUCAACAGCCAGCAACACCGCACAACCGCCCUCAUCACCCAGCUCACCUUUCCCCAUUCCAACCACAAACAAACAUCUGAUCCGUUCACCGUCGCCCGGACGAACGCCCCUAUCGGCCGACGCCAUAAAUAGCAUGCCUCAACACACACCGCGACCGGCCUCACCGGUCAACCCCAAACCCGAGGUUCUAUACCGUCAACCCCAGCUCUUCAUCGGCAGACUAGCCUCCUCCGAGGUACAACAUCCGCCGAUGGAUGUAGCGCAAUUCCCUACAGACCGUAUACGAAAAAGAUUCAGAAAUCGCCCCGAUAUCCGCGCAUUACCAAACUACGACGAAGACCCCAUUGAGUGA